CGACGAUCGCGACAAAAAUUUUUACAAAGUUAAUGGUGCAUGUAGCAGUGAUCCCCGGAUCGCACAAUAUUUUUUAAUUACGUGAUUCUCUAACCUUUUUUGUUGUGAAAAAGAAAAUAUCGGCGAGCAAUUUCGGCGGUAUAGGAGGGCGUGACGCCACGCACUAUAGGCGUUAACGUAAAUAGCGUAAAUCAAUCGUGCGUGCUAAAUGAUUUUCACAAAACAAAACAAAUAAUUAAAUUCAAAUACGCAAAUAUAGCAAAACCAAAGGCAUAAACCCGAGAAAAACGCAUUCAGCAAACUUUUAAGUUGUCACAAGCUACCGAAAUAAAACUCAAGCGCUUCUACUAUAAAAUUCGCAACCAUAUACAAUGGAGUUCAUUUCAAAUCUUAUAAAACGACCAAUAAGUUUGGUACGCAGCGAUUCCCUACCACCAGCGUCCAACGAGCCAAGACAAGAUACAAGUAAUUCACGUCCUAUCUCACCGAAACAAACGCCGUCACCAUCACACUCACCAUUAUUGACCUUUGAUCGAGCCACCACGCCGGAUCCACUACAACAACAUUUAGUCAGUUCGCUGAUGGUGACAUCCAAUAUAAUCGAAGCAAUGAAUCGACAAGACGAAUUUCGCCCCAUUACUGUGGCAGCAACAACACGUGCCUCUCUACCAAUCAGUCAAUCGCCUACACAAGCACAGUCACAUUCUUUACAAACAAGCACCAGUAGCAAUGUCAGCGCAGGUGGCAACAUGAAUCCUCCGUCCAACAACGUUGGCAACACAAUCGAGGAGUUGCUCAUAGAAAUCAAUAACAAUUUAAGCAAACAAGAUGAUCUACUUGUACAUACCGCCGGUGCACUAAGUCAACAUCAUUUGCCGAAUCGACCAUUAUCAUUAUCUCCAACUGCUUUGACGCAGCCAUUGGCGACUGAGUAUAACGCAGUUUGCUCGCAAAACGCAAAUCUCAAAGCCACGCCCUCAACACAAUCCACAGAGUCAUUGUCUUCGUCGUCGUCGCUACUAAAAUCAACUGCUAUGGCACCUGUGGCUGAUAGCGUUUCUACAACAUCUUUUACAGUCACCGAAACUGAGCCGAAAGCAGGGUCUUUCGAUGGAUCCACUCCAGUAUCGCUUAAAACGGGUGCUAAUAUAGAUAUUAAAUGCGAGACAGCCAGCGAUUUGAUUGAAACAAAAACACCAGAAAUGCUCACAGCGCUUAAUCUGAAUGCGGAAGAUCGCGCAAAACUAACUUUUGAAGACGGUCUUAUACCAACAUUAACAGCAGCCAUAAGUGAGCAUGAAAAACAUGACGGCACUCUUGGAAAAGGUAACUCAAAUUCGGCUCAGUACCUGAUGGUACAACUUGAACCGGACACCGCUGCCUCAUCGGACAAUGAAACCUUCACGGAAUGUCAGUCCUACCAAAUCGCGUCUGCUAACGAUUAUGGUUUUAUAGCGGAUGAAUAUAGUUUUGAGAACUCCGAAAUCGAAUCAUACUUUAGUGCUGCUAACUCAAGAAAUGCUACACUCACGACAGGUGAAGCAGAUCCUUUAAGUGUUACUAUAAAUAAAACGUCAGAACAAAAUGAGAGUGAGCAAGGUGACUUGCAAUCACAGGUUUCAGCUAUAAGUGGUGACGAUUUGUUAGCAACGCACCAACAUUCAUUAGAUGUAACCUUCGAUGAAGAACCAAUGGAUGUGGAUGAGAGUUUUACUGAGUUAAAACAAAAUGUAAACGUUGAAACAUGCCAGUUGCAUACAACUAAUGUCGGAGUUGAUAAUGAGUCAACUUCGAAAACAGCAGAGCCGGAAAGUGUUGUUACUAAUGGCGAAGCGACGGAGGUUAAGCAACUAAAUUGUACUAAAAACGAAGCUGUCCCCAAAGAUGCUGCAGUGCCUCAGCCCGAGACCGAGUUAGAAAUUACACAAUCAAAACUUGAGUUGUCACUAAACAAAAGUAUCGAAAUACCCACAUCAACAACGCAAAAGAACAAUUAUGAGGACAAUCAGCUAGAUAUCAGCAGUACUGAAACUUUUUCGGAAGUAACAGUCGAUCUUACCCAAGCAACAAUUGCUACGACAUCAUCAACUUCAAUUCACUCCGCAAAUACCAGUUUACAUCCCAUCGAAGAAGAGUUAUUGAAAUAUAAAAUUCCAGGUAAACAAGAAUUCGGUAAGUCCUGGACUGGUUCACAAAAUGCACUAAAUCUGACAGUGGAUAUGGACUCAUCAACGCAAAGCAAUAAAAGUUCCGCUUCCUCACCAAGUUUCCCUAUAAAACAUAAGGGAAACUCACUCAAACAAUUUCCACGCUCGCCCACUGCAGCCGUACCAAAAAGUAUGACAUUUUUAGAAAAAUCGGAAUACACUGAGCGUAUUGAAACAGAACGUAAAAAAUCUACAGCCAGUGAGCCGAAGCUGGAGUUAUUCGGUUCACGCAAAACAUCGACAGUCGACGAAAAACCAACACAGCAUGCAAUAACGGAAAAUCUUGCUGCAUGCAUUACCAGCACUACGGUAUGUCCAAAUGAGCCUAAUAAUGAUGAAGUUGCGUCAACAAAAAUAAAUGGCAAUGCAGCAACGGAUGAAGUUGCACCUUUAACAAGUGCUUCUUCAAUAGACAGUUCAGAUAAACGUCGUACAUAUAAUGUAACGGCUCCAGUGAAACCUUCUCCUGAAAUAGAGAGCGUGACACAAAAAUGUGUGAACGAUCACGAGAAACGACGCACCUUUAAUAUGCCUGCAGCACCGCAAGCACCAAGUAUCGUUGGACAAAAAUCGGAAAGAGACGAGGACAAACGACGUACGUUUAAUAUGCCUGUAUCAACACAAGAAACAGACAUGACUACCCAAAAACCAGAGAAUGAGGGCAAUAAUCGACGAACUUUUAAUCUUAUGGGCUCAGAAGAUAUAAUAGAGAAGAAAAUUUCAAGCGAAAAUAAUUCUGAUACAGCCGAGAGGCCUCGAACUUACAUUGUUUCUGAACCAACAUUUCCGAUGAGACCAAAUAGUGAGGGAAUAAAUGUGCCUAUGGACAUAGACGACACAUUACCAACAGAUGCUGGUCAAAACAACACAACACAAUCCCGAACACCAAUGCAGUCCCCCACAACAACUGUUUCUAGUUCGCCACCAAUACCGCCUUUACAAAAUCGUAUUGGAAACACCAUUCCAACAAACACCUCACCCCCAAUACCGACACUACAAAAUCGGGCACGAAAUGACCAAACCCAACUUAUUAUGGAUGAUGAUGCCUUUAAAGUGCCACUACCGCCAUCGCCAGCAUCAUCGACGGCAUCACCACCAACAGCUACCAUACAUAAACGACCGUCUAUCCAUGCGUACAAAAAUACAGAAGAUGUCGUUGAAGCGUUAUCCGCCAAAGAGCAAACCAAACGCGAUGCCAGUGAUGAGAAGGAUGUGUUCGCUGGCAAUUGUACACCCUCACCCAUGGAAGAGCAGCCAUCUUCAACAAGCAAUUUUGGUGAUUUCGGCUCUAAUUUAAACGUUGAUGUGGAUCAGCAAGAAUUUGCAAGUGAGCAAUUUGAGAAUGGGAAUAAUUUAAUUUUGAAUCCAUCCGACUUUGAUUAUCUACUCACAAAAGGCAAUAAUAGCGCGCCAAUUGAUCGCAGUUCAAUAUUACUGAAAUUCGAUCCGUUGCUCGGCGUGCCAGUACCUGCAAAUCAAGUGCAACAACAGAAACCAACAAAGCAAACACCACAAAUAUUACAAAACAUUUUAGGAAGUAAUCUAACAAACUUAAGUCCUACACUCGAAGAGGACGAGCACUCAUCAUCAGCGUCCACAUCAUCCAUUAGCAAUAAUCAAUCGUUUGUUGUUGAGACCGAUAAUAAAAGGAAAUCUGACGAAGAGGAGAGUACCAAGUCAAAACAGAACUUUAUUAAGAUUUUGGCAGAGAAGCAGCAACGCCAACAACAACAAUAUCAACAACCAACUGUUUUAAAGAAGCAUGACAGUAUGAGUGUCGACGUGAUUAAGGAUAUGAAUAUCGACAACGAUUGUAACAAAUCCUUUGAGAAUUCAAACUCACAACCCGAUGAAAAACAAAUUAACUACAAAAUGGAUGAACUCGAGAAGAAAAUUAAAAACGAAGUACUCAAAACAGAAGAUAUCGAAAAGAAAUUGAAAGAAGCUGAACAGCGUGAGGAGGCAUUAAUCAAACGGAUAACGGAAAAAGACAAAACAAUAACAAAAAUGACCGGGGUCAUUGAAGCGUACGAAAAAGCAAUUGCUGAGCUAAUCGCUGAAAAAGAGCAAUUAUUACAAAGCUACGAGAAACAGUUGGCGGAGGUCAAGGCGGAUCGCGACUCGAAUUAUCAACAUCUCACGUCACUCGAAACGACAUUUGCUGAUCUGCAUGUCAAAUAUGGCAAAAGUAAGGAAAUGACGCUGCAGCUGAAGGCAGACGAAGAGGCUUUAGUGGUAGAGAAGCGGCAAAUACUGGAGAAUUUGCGACUUCAAGAGCAGCGAUAUGAAAAAAUGAAGAAUCAUGCGAUGCAACAGUUGGAAAUCGCCAACAAAAAGCUCGAAUCGCUUAAUAAAGAGCACAGUAUCGAGACAACAAAACUGAAAGCACUACUCAAAAAGGAGGAAAUCUCACGUGCCUCUAUCAAUGAGCAAUUACAGCAAAAGUCCAGAGAAAAUGCGGAGCUGGUUAAAAUAUGUGAUGAACUAAUUAAUGGCCAGGGAAGUUAAGUGAUUUCAGCGGUCAACGUCGGCAAUGCAGCGACCUAUGUAUAUCAAAUGUUUGACCGAUUUGCAUAUACUCUCAAUAGAUGUAUGUGUGUUUUGUACUUGUUAUGUAUGAGCUAAGCCUAAAUAGCGUAGCAUUACAUUGCAUUACAAUUACUCGUUAUUAAUAAUUAUUUAGUUGCCUGGUUAGCAAGCAAUGGCGGCAUAGUACAGUGUUCGUAUGCCCACGUACGUACGUGCGUGUGUGACGCUCAAAUGCCAGAUGCGCUUAAGAAAUGCAUUCAUUCAGUUCGCAGUCAUUCACAAACAGUUGUGUGAUUAAUUUAAGAAUUUUUUAUAAUUUAAUUCUCCUUUUUUAAUUUUCCAUUGACAUUCACAAUGAUUUGUAUUGCACUUCUUUGCCGCAUAUAAGUAAUAAUUGUUAAGUAAUUUUUUAUGUAAAAAUAUGUAGGCAAAUGAGUUAACAAAUCCACAAGUUAGUUCGUGGAAAUCAAUAAACACACAUAAACAAACAUUUAAACACGAAUAUUAUUACCUCGAAACAUAUGUACAUACAUGGAAAGAGGCAAACAAAAUAUAUACUAUCAUAACUUACUGUGUGUUAUGUACUUUAAUUGUAGAUUCUCUUUAAUAAUUUGCAUAGUUAUGCUGUGAAUAUACUGAUAUGAAUUUCACUUCAAAGAAAACUAACUGUACAAUCUCUUUAAAUUUUAAUUUUUUUAUAAAAAAUCAAAAUGUUUAGAAUUAAUUUGUAUUAAAUUGUAUUAAUUUAUUAAUGUUUAGUUUUCCCUCAAACUGCCGAGCCUAAAAUACAUAGCUAACAUUGGAAAUAUUAAAUCGAAUUUUAUUCUGCUGUUUUAUACUGAAAAUUAUUGUUACAUGGACUUUAUUUAAGGCGCCGCCUAUGAAAUACAUAUUUUAACUAUAAUCCCACAACGGUAAACUAGUAAAAACCGUUAGUUUAGUUGAGUGCUGCAUUUUUCAAGCAUCUUCUGCUCCAUAUGCGACAAGUCUUGAAAUCAAUAGGUAUUAACUCGCUGUGUAAUUAUGUUGAUUAUGAAGUUCCGAAUAUUUCACUCUCAAUUUUAUCUAAGAAAAAUGGAAGUAGUAUGAUAGCAGCGAACAUAGCGAAUAUCUAUAUAAACUUAUUAGUUAAUAUAGUUUUCUUCUAAUUUUUCAGUAUUUUAUGUAUAAACACAUAUUAAACACCUUAUAUUUGUCUGCAUGGAACGAGGCGUCCAGAUUCAAGUUCUCACUUUUCAAAUUGAAAAGUAAAACGUUGAAAUUUCUAACGACUUGUACUCGUUAUUGUUAUUCUAAUAUAAAAUUAUUUGCAUUAUUUUAUUAAUAUUUAUUUAAUUUAUUAUUAUUUAUUUAGUUUAUUAUUAUUUGUGGCAUGUUUCCCACUUGCAACUCAUAAUUAUUAAUUUUAACUAUAUUUUUUAACAAAAUACUAAAACAUCCAGCGUGCAUACAUACAUUCACAAGAUGAAAAAUAGAUGAAUCUCAAAAAAUAUCUUCCAAAAUAGUUUACAACAACACAUAAGAAAAAGUAUAAAAUUUUAUAAAAUUAUCUAAACAAAUACACUUCUCAAAUGCAGAUGUACUUAAGUACUUAGAAACUAGCACACACGCACACACUAAAGUCAAAAGUCUCAUUUACAUAAACUUUUGGCUUUGUCGACUUAAUUUUUUUGCGAGAAUGUGGAACUGAAAUGUGCCCGUAUCGUAAACGUCUUAAAUCUUCAUAACACAACACUGUAAUAGAUAUGUAUAUUUACAUUGUAUCUAUUGGCCUAUAAAUAUAAACAUCUCUACGUAUAUAAUUUUCCUUAAUGGAAAGGCUUGCCCGAAAUUACUGCAAGUGAAAUGAAAUAUUUUUUUAAGAUACUAAACUAAAAACAUAAAUACAUAAUUACAUUAUAACCUAACAUAAAUGUGAAUGAACCAAUGCAAAAUGAAACGCUAUGUAAGAUUUUGUAAUAAUUUAAGUCGAAGAUUUUGGAUUGCUUUAUUAAACAUAUGCACUGUACAUAUAGUACAUAUGUGUAUGUGUGUGAGUUUUCUAUCGCA